AUGGCCGCCUACGCAAAGGACGGUAGCCAGAGCUAUGGCGGCUAUGGGGACACAUACGACAAUGAUGACAACUACGAGAACCUCUCCACUUUCGACGAUGAGGAUGACGGUUCCGACCCUAACGCCAUCACGCCCGAGGAUUCGUGGGAAGUUAUCUCCUCCUACUUCGACCUCAAGGGCCUCGUGUCCCAGCAGAUCGAUUCCUUCAACGAAUUCACAACAGACACCGUGCAAUCUCUAAUAGACGAGUAUGCCGAUCUCACCUUGGACCACCCAAGCCCAGGCGACGACGACGGCAGAGACAUCAUCCUGCGCAGAUACGACGUUCACUUCGGAGAGAUCAUCAUUUCCAGGCCGACCCUCACCGAAGCCACGGGCGAGACCAUCAGUCUUCUCCCGUACGAAUGCCGUGACCGCAACCUGACAUACUCGGCCCCCAUCUACUGCAAGGUCACCAAGCGCGCCCGUAUCGCCGUUAGCGAAAAGAAGCCUCUAAACCAGCUUACCGAUGACGAGCACGACCACAUGGCCCGCACCGGCGAGCACCCGACUGUUCUGCGCUGGAUUGAGGAGGAGAGUGCGCCGCCAGAGCCACCCAAGGAAGACAAGGUUAACGCUGAGAAUCUCAAGGGAUACCUCUUCCUUGGCAAGAUUCCUAUUAUGGUCAAGUCCAAGAUUUGCCACCUUUACAUGGAGGACGACGAGUCGUUGUUCACCCUCAACGAGUGUCCUUACGACCAGGGUGGUUACUUCAUCAUCAACGGCAGUGAGAAGGUCCUGAUUGCUCAAGAGCGCAGUGCCGCCAACAUUGUCCAGGUCUUCAAGAAGCCCCCUGGCGGCAGUGUCUCGUACCAGGCUGAGAUCCGCAGUGCCCUCGAAAAGGGUUCUCGUCUCAUCUCCUCUCUCCAGAUGAGGCUGCACACCAAGGCCGACCAGAACAAGGGUCGCCUGGCCAACACUGUCAGCGUCACCCUGCCGUACGUUAAGGAAGAGGUCUCUCUCGCCAUUGUGUUUCGUGCUUUGGGCGUUGUUUCCGAUGAGGAUAUUCUCAACCACAUUUGCUAUGACCGGCGCGACAGCCAAAUGCUGGAAGCCCUUCGUCCCUGCAUUGAGGAGGCCUUCUGUAUCCAGGACCGCGAGGUCGCUUUGGACUACAUCGGCAAGCGUGGUAACGGCGGCGCGGGAGUAAACCGCAAUGCCCGCAUCAAGGCUGCCAAGGAUAUGCUCCAGAAGGAACUGCUACCGCAUAUUUCCCAAGCGGAAGGUUGCGAGACCAGGAAAGCCUUCUUCCUUGGAUACAUGGUCCACAAGUUGCUCCAGUGUGUCCUUGGCCGCAGAGAUACCGAUGAUCGUGAUCACUUCGGUAAGAAGCGCCUUGACUUGGCUGGUCCCCUGCUGGCCAAGCUUUUCCGUGGUAUCGUGAGACGCCUGACUCAGGAUCUCAUGGGCUAUAUGAAGCGCUGCGUUGAUACCAACAAACACUUCUCCCUGGCCCUCGGUAUCAAGGCCUCCACCCUUACCAACGGUCUCAAGUACUCGCUUGCCACUGGUAACUGGGGUGACCAGAAGAAGGCCAUGAGCUCGACUGCUGGUGUGUCCCAGGUCUUGAACAGAUACACGUUCGCCUCGACCUUGUCGCAUUUGCGUCGUACAAACACACCCAUUGGUCGUGACGGCAAGCUUGCCAAGCCUCCAGAAACGCCAGAAGGUCAGGCUUGCGGUCUGGUCAAGAACUUGUCUCUCAUGUGCUUCGUCUCCGUGGGUACGCUGGCCGAUCCCAUCAUCGAGUUCAUGGUUGCCAGAAACAUGGAAGUUUUGGAGGAGUACGAGCCUUUGCGGUAUCCCAAUGCCACAAAGGUCUUUGUCAACGGUACUUGGGUUGGUGUCCACCAAGAUCCCAAGCACUUGGUCACUCUUGUCCAGAACCUCCGACGCAAGAACAUCAUUUCCUUCGAGGUUUCGCUGGUUCGCGACAUCCGUGACAGAGAGUUCAAGAUUUUCUCCGAUGCCGGUAGAGUCAUGAGGCCGCUGUUCACUGUCGAGCAAGAAGACAACGGCGAGUCUGGUGUCGAAAAGGGUCAGCUCAUCCUUACCAAGGAGCAUAUCAGGCGACUUGAGCAGGAUAAGGAGCUUGGCAAAUACCAUGAAGAUUACUUCGGCUGGCAAGGCCUGCUUGAGUCAGGUGCCAUCGAAUACCUUGACGCCGAGGAGGAAGAGACGGCCAUGAUCUGCAUGACACCAGAAGAUCUGGACACCUACCGUCAACACAAGUUCAAGGGUCGCGAGUUUGAGGACGACGCUGCCAACCGUGGCAACAGCCGUAUCAAGACGAAGUUCAACCCAACAACACACAUGUACACGCACUGCGAGAUUCACCCCAGUAUGCUUCUCGGUAUUUGCGCCAGUAUCAUUCCCUUCCCCGAUCACAACCAGUCGCCCAGAAACACUUACCAGUCUGCCAUGGGUAAGCAGGCCAUGGGCUUCUUCCUCACCAAUUACUCCCGCCGUAUGGAUACCAUGGCCAACAUUCUUUACUACCCUCAAAAACCGUUGGCGACCACUCGCUCCAUGGAAUACCUCAAGUUCCGCGAGCUCCCUGCCGGUCAGAACGCCAUCGUCGCCAUCGCUUGUUACUCCGGUUACAACCAGGAAGAUUCCGUCAUUAUGAACCAGAGCAGUAUCGAUCGUGGUAUCUUCCGCUCUCUUUUCUUCCGUUCCUACACGGAUUGCGAGAAGCGUGUCGGUAUCAACAUUGUGGAGCAGUUUGAGAAGCCAGACAGGAGCAACACUCUGCGACCCAAGCACGGCACAUACGACAAGCUCGAAAAUGAUGGUAUCAUUGCUCCUGGCAUCCGUGUCACCGGUGACGAUAUCAUCAUCGGCAAGACAUCUCCCAUCAACCCUGAUAACCAAGAGCUUGGCCAGCGCACGGCUCAGCAUGUCAAGCGUGACGCGUCCACGCCACUGCGCAGCACGGAGAGUGGUAUCGUCGAUUCCGUCGCCUUCACAACCAACCAGGACGGUCUGCGCUACGUCAAGGUCAGGGUCCGUACCACUAAGAUCCCGCAAAUUGGUGACAAAUUUGCCUCUCGUCACGGUCAGAAGGGUACCAUCGGUGUCACUUACCGUCAAGAGGAUAUGCCAUUCACUGCUGAGGGUAUUACGCCUGACAUUAUCAUCAACCCUCACGCCAUUCCCUCUCGUAUGACAAUCGCCCAUUUGAUCGAGUGUCUUCUUUCCAAGGUCGGUUCCCUCAAGGGCAUGGAGGGUGAUGCCACCCCCUUCACGGAUGUCACAGUCGACUCCGUCUCCAACCUUCUCCGCGAGCACGGCUACCAGUCUCGUGGCUUCGAGAUUAUGUAUCACGGCCACACGGGUAGGAAGCUUCGCGCCCAGGUGUUCUUCGGUCCUACCUACUACCAGCGUUUGAGGCAUAUGGUGGACGACAAGAUCCACGCUCGUGCCCGUGGUCCGGUACAGAUCAUGACUCGUCAGCCCGUCGAAGGUCGUGCCAGAGAUGGCGGUCUCCGUUUCGGCGAAAUGGAACGUGAUUGUAUGAUUGCUCACGGUGCCGCUUCAUUCUUGAAGGAGAGGUUGUUUGAGGUCUCGGAUGCUUUCAGAGUGCAUAUCUGCGAGAUCUGCGGUCUCAUGACUCCUAUUGCGAACCUGACCAAGCAAUCGUUCGAAUGCCGUCCUUGCAAGAACAAGACCAAGAUCGCCCAGGUCCACAUGCCCUACGCGGCCAAGCUUCUCUUCCAGGAGCUCAUGUCGAUGAACAUUGCCUCGCGCAUGUUCACCAGCAGGUCCGGCAUCACGGUUCGUUAA